CUUCAAUCAGUUGCUAUUUGAACUCCAGUGAGGAAAAUUUGAGUCCUAAAGUUAAAAAAUUAUUAAAAUAUUAAACUGUGAAAAUUUAGUCACAAAAAAAUGAUUCAACGAAUUUUGAUUCUCAUAUCUUUGGCAAGCUUAGCAUUGGCUCAAAGUCCAUUGUUUUAUUGCAACUUGGUAAUCAUUGAGGAAAGGUGCACCUGCAAUUUUGUGAUUUACAACCCAGCUGGAUUUAAUAAUUUGACUAUUACUGCUAAUCCAGCUGAAAACUGUACUUUAAGUGAUGUUGUGGAUGCAACUGGAAGUGGAUUGACAUUAAAUGUACCAUCAGCAUUGUGCAAUCAAUUGCCUAUUUUAGAAGAAUUAAGAAUGGAUAAAUUGGGUGUUAAUAAUUUAGUCGGAAAUCCGUUUAGAAAUUGCAACAAUUUAAAAAAAUUACAUUUGAGUGACAAUUCAUUAUCAGCAAUCCCAGCCUACGCCUUUUCAAAUACUAUCCUUGAAAGUUUGAAAUUAAAUCAAAAUAAAAUCACGAGUAUCAAUUCAGUGUCGUUUGAUAAUUUAGUGCAUCUGGAAUUUCUUGAUUUAUCAAACAACUCUCCACUUGCUUUAGUUGAUGACACAUUUGAUCAUUUAGAAAAUCUUAAAUUCCUUCAUAUGAGCUCAUGUGGAAUUACUUCUCUUCAUCCUAGAUUGUUUGACAAUUUGGGAGAGUUGCGGGAAUUAGAUACAUCUGGAAAUAAUGUUACAACUGUUGUUGCAAAUCUCUUCAGUUCACUGAAAAAAUUGGAAAUACUUAACUUAGCAAACUGUGGACUAACAGGCAUUACUGCAUCUGCUAUCCAAAAUAACACCGAAUUAUUAAAAUUAAAUUUGGAAAAUAAUAAUAUUAAAAAUUUUAAUGCUGAACUUUUUAAUGGCCAGCAAAAAUUGGCGGAUUUAUCUUUGGCAAACAAUAAUAAUGCUACUAUCACACCACAACUAUUUACUCCAUUAACUUCAAUGCAAAGACUUAUCUUAAGUAAUUGUAAUAUAAAUGCAAUAAAUGGCAGUUGGUUUGUGCAAAUGCCAAACCUAGUUGAAAUUGAUUUAAGCAAAAAUAGAAUACCAGCCAUUCCCGAAAAUACAUUCUCAUCUGCCAACGCUAUAGAAUCAAUAAACCUCGCAAACAACAGCAUUACAAUUUUAAGUUCAAGAUCAUUUGGAUCAUUACACAAUUUACAUAGUCUCCAUUUGGAGAAUAACGCCAUCAAUCAAGCUGAUCAUCAUUUGAUUAGUCAUUCCACGGAACUUCAAGCAGCUUACUUUGGAAAUAAUAUAUGUGCAAACUUCAAUACGGAUGAAUUUAGCCUAAACAGAACUUUUUACACUGAAUUAUUAAAAGAAUGUUUUGACAAUUUUGACAGCAUUCCAAUUGCAAUCACAACAAUAAAUUCAACAAUCUAUGACUGGUACAGCGUCCGAACUAACGAUGGUUGGGAUUCCUUAGAAGUUUCUGUUAGAGCUUACGAAAACGUUCACAUUGCGCUUUCAAAUUCUAUCAACACAGUUGAACCUCCAAUUGAAAUUAAAAUCGGAGAAGAUAGAAAUCGUAGAUCACACAUUUUGGAGCAAGGUGAAAUAGUUUUUACUGACAAUGUGCGAGACAGAUUAAACCGAACAGCUGAAAGAACAUUUAUAAUUGGAUGGCGAUUUGGAAUAGUCAUGGUGUUUAGAAAACUUGAUCAACUUCCAUUUAUGGCGCAUGCUAUAGAAAAUGAUUUUCCAGUUAAUUUCUUUGGAUUAAGAACUUUAUUUACGGAUGAUGUCGAUAUGACAGCCAAAUGGAAUGUUACCCGCAUACAGAGAGAACUUCAAUCAAUGGCAAUGACGAAAAUCUAUCAAGAUAUUGAAAUAAGAAGGAAGCGAGGAAUGCCAAUUGAUUUGCAAAAAUAUCUUCGAAAUUAAUAAGUUUUAAACUUUUUAAAAAUAUUGUUUUGAAUGAAGAACUUAAAUAAAUAACAAAAUAUGAU